AUGAAGCAAGAGCUUGACCUCGAGUCGCUUGAUCGACUCCAUCGUAAGAGCGCAAUGCGAACCGAAAUAGCUGGGAUGGAGUCGGAUUUGCAGCAUAAGAACCAGGCAUCCCGUAACAAACGGGAUGGGUUGAAAAUCUACCCACGAGAGACCAUAGAUAAGAAAGUAAAGGAAAGAACACAAGGCUGUUUUUGUAUUUAUUUAUUUUGUAGGGUGGGUGGGAGGAGACGAAGAUAG